AUGAUCAAGUUCCUCCUGAUGGUGAACAAGCAGGGCCAGACCCGCCUGUCUAAGUACUAUGAGCGGGUGGACAUUGGGAAGAGGCCUUUUCUGGAGGCUGAUGUUGUCAAGGGAUGCCUGUCACGCAAAAAAGAAGAGGUCUCUAUCUCAAUUAUGUUAUUUUUACUCUAUUAGAAAUCUUAAUCAAUCAAAUAAAGGUAUUUUGUAAAGACCUUUUUACAUCAGCAGUUGUCACAAAGUGCGUUACAGAUACCCAGCCUUAAACCCCUAAAAGCAAGCAAGCAAUGCAAUGGCUUGGAAAAACUAGUUUUUUUUGUUUACUUUCAGGGGUAGAACACAAUAGUGAGAAGACGUACAUAACUGGUGACAGGGGCAUAGACGAGAUCCUACAGGACAGAACAAAAUCCAGUUCAAUAACCUACAUCCAUCCCUUUAAUGUAUCAUUUAAUUUAUGCUAUUCUUCAUGCUGAGUUAGUGUGCCACUGCCAAUCCACAUGCAUUUUAUACAGGUGACACAGAGCUCAUUCUGCUAUUCAAACACCCAAGUAACUAUUAUUUUCUAUCUAGUGCUCUUUUGUGGAAUACAAGGACUUCAAACUAGUGUAUCGACAGUAUGCUGCUCUCUUCAUAGUUGUUGGUAUCAGUGACACUGAGGUGAGAGUUCAUAAUUUUACUGUUAUAAGUGUAAAAGUAUGAGUUAUCAGAUUAAGGUUGAGAUUAUAUUAUUGAGAGUAUUCAUGAUUCAUGUUGUGGGAUGUCUUUCUUUCCACAGAAUGAGCUGUCGAUCUAUGAGAUGGUACACAACUUUGUAGAGGUUCUUGACAAGUACUUCAGUCAUGUGAGUUCAGAGUCUCUCUUUUUAUUCACUACUUUAGCACAUUCUGGCUGUAUGCUAGAUUUACUGCAUGUCAACUAUCCAACCACCUGUGCAUAGCUCAGCAUUUUAGAGGUCAGCUUUUUCUGGGACAAAAACACAUUACUCUAAACUGAGCAUUCCCCAUAAGAGAAGCCAAUACUUCACAUUUAAUAGUUGUUUUCCAUUGGCAGAUGUAUCCUUGGUUUGCCUAAUGUAUCUCUAUUUUGCCUUUUGUAUUGUAUUGAUGUGUAUAUUCUUGUAAUUACAGGGCUCAUCUGCAAAAGAGACCUUGGUCUCAGCAUGACUCCCUGUCAAAAUAAAGGUUUUAAAUAAAUACAAUAAAAAUAACCAUGUAACUGCUUUGUGUUUUUCUCUCCUAACAGAGUGAAUUGGAUGUAUCCUUUACAAAUGAUAAGUUGUUUUGUUAUUAAUCAGUUUGAGGAAAUGAGUCAGUCAUUGAAACAGAUGCAGGGGCUGUCUGCGUGUCCACCCCUCACAUUAGGGGCUUGUCAUGUGGCUAGCCAACUGUGCCAUUCGAGGCUUGGCAUUUAGUACGGCACUGCACAGACUGAUGAACACAACUGUCAUUGUCGGACUCUGGUCUCAGUCAGACUUGCCGGGGUCAGACCAGUCAUAAGAAGUGGAAUGCAACUACAGUCGGUGGUGUUAACGGUUUCGCUACACCCGCAAUAACAUCUGCUAAACACGUGCAUGUGACCAAUAAAAUGUGAUUUGAUUACACUAAGUUUUUUAAGUUGUUCAACUGGCGAGAGACAUGUUAAUGCAGGGGUUAAAGCCUCCCAAAAAUCCCAUGACUGAAACUUAAAUCAAUUAAUCAUUUUAGGGAAAGAGGAUAAUUUUGUACAUGUAUUAAACUGCAAGUUUGACCAUUUCAAUGUUGAAAAAUAUAUUUUUAAAUGAUCAAUGACUGAAAUCUGUCACAGUGAACGUUGACCCCUCUGUUAAUGGAGUAGCCAGGGUUAACAAUUUCUUACUAAUGGAGAGGGCUCAUUGAGGGGGGGGGGGGGGGGGGUUAACAAAUGCCCUACUUUACACUGUGAUAGGGAAUUCCAUGUGUAUUCAAUGUUACAAUGUCAUUUAAUUUCUUUAACUCCAGUUCAGAUCAUGUUCAACCUUGAUAAAGUGCACAUCAUCCUUGAUGAGAUGAUCCAGAAUGGGCACAUAGUGGAGACCAACAAGAACCACAUCCUGGCACCUCUACUAGCUCUGGACCAGAUGUCUGAACCACAUUGA